GCCGUAUGCUAUGAAUGAGGUGCGGGCAGCCGCUAGAAUGUCCGUAGAACAGAGCGGAUGUCGGGCUUUGUGGGCAGUUUAUCAGCAUAUCAUGCGAUCUUGCGUUCUGCUAGCCUCAAAGCGAGCCGUCGACAGCGUUCUAAACCUUGCUUUCCGUGAUGGACCGAAGAAUUUUCAACUACGGCCUUUGGCUUUGAGCUCUAGCAUGGGAUCAACCAGUAUG